AUGUCCAACAGCAGCUCCAUCACUGUGUUCCUCCUCCUGCCAUUUGCAGACACACGAGAGCUGCAGCUCCUGCACUUCGCGUUCUUCCUGGGCAUCUACCUGGCUGCCCUCCUGGGCAACGGCCUCGUCCUUACAGCCAUAGCCUGUGACCACCGCCUCCACACCCCCAUGUACUUCUUCCUCCUCAACCUCGCCCUCCUUGACCUGGGCUGCAUCUCCACCACUGUCCCCAAAUCCAUGGCCAAUUCCAUCUGGGACACCAGGGCCAUCUCCCACGCAGGAUGUGCUGCACAGGUCUUUUUAUUCUUCUUUUUCUUUUCAGCAGAGUAUUUUCUUCUCACCAUCAUGGCCUAUGACCGCUACGUUGCCAUCUGCAAGCCCCUGCACUACGGGAGCCUCCUGGGCAGCAGAGCUUAUGCCCAGAUGGCAGCAGCUGCCUGGGGCAGUGGGGUUCUCAAUGCUCUGCUACACACUGCCAGUACAUUUUCACUAACCCUCUGCAGAGGAAAUACUCUGGACCAGUUCUUCUGUGAAAUCCCCCAGAUCCUCAAGCUCUCUUGCUCUGACUCCUACCUAAGGGAAAUUGGGCUUCUCACAUUUAGUGUUUUUGUGUUUUGGGGGUGUUUUGUAUUCAUCGUACUGUCCUAUGUGCAGAUCUUCAGGGCUGUGCUGAGGAUGCCCUCUAAGCAGGGGCAGCACAAAGCCUUUUCCACGUGCCUCCCUCACCUGGCUGUGGUCUCCCUCUUUCUCAGCACUGCCUUUUUUGCCUACCUGAAGCCCCCCUCGCUCUCCUCUCCAUCCAUGGAUCUGGUGGUGGCAGUUCUUUACUCAGUGGUUCCUCCAGCAGUGAACCCCCUCAUCUACAGCAUGAGAAACCAGGAGCUCAAGGAUGCACUGCGCAAAGUCAUGAGUGGGUGUACAUCAGAAGUAAUGCACUGCCUGUCUUCUGCAAAGCACUCAUAAUAUAACUCAUGAUAUGCCAAGCUUGUCGUUUGUUCUUUGGUGGGUUUUGUUUGUUAUUAAUGAGGGCAACAAUGUUUUCCAUAUAAAUUGUCAUUAUUGAUCCUACUCAUGUGUUUAAACAAAAUAAAGGAACCUGCAGUGAAGAGUGUAUCUGAGAUUCUUUUUCUGAGAACUUUGCUGGGGGUUCCAUGGUAAUGCCCAUGGGUGGAAAUGAAGAGGAAUAUAGAGACCCACCAUAGCAGCACUACC